UCCUGUUCUUUAAUGUUACGGUGAGUGAAAUUGACGCGUAAAAUCAUGCCCUUUAUUCCCAAUGCUUCAACGGCCCAAACUCAGAUCGCCACCACCUUCCUCCGCCGCAUCGUCGUCCCCUUCUCCACCAACCUCACCAAAUCUGAACCGGACAAUUCUCAAAAUGCCCCGUAAAUCUUUCAUAAAACCCACUCUAAUCCUAGCUUCCCUUCUCACCAUCUUUGCCCUCUACACAUUCCUCUUCUACACUCCUCCCAAUUACGACAAUAUUAAUAAUUCUAAUUUACUUACUUUAUCUAAUAAAUUUGACAGAGGUAUCGAUAAUUCUAACGUUAAUAAGGUGAAAAUAUAUAUGUAUGACUUGCCGAGGAGAUUUACUUACGGAGUGAUUGAGAAAUACGCGGCGGCGCGUGGAGGAGUGCCUGUGGAGAAUGAUUCGCUGUUGAAGUACCCGGGGAACCAGCACUCGGCUGAGUGGUACUUGUUCUCUGAUUUGAAUCGGCCAAGUGAGGACCGUAUCGAGUCGGCCGUGACUCGGGUCAUGGACCCCGAGGAUGCAGACCUUUUCUACGUGCCCUUUUUCUCUUCUCUGAGCCUCGUGGUCAACCCGAUCCGACCAGCAUAUGCAAAUGACCCUGCGGAUAGACCUAAGUACAAUGACGAGCAAAUGCAGGAGGGUUUGAUGGAGUGGUUGGAGGAGCAGGUGUACUGGAAGAGGAAUAAUGGGUGGGAUCAUGUAUUCAUAUGUCAGGAUCCCAAUGCUUUAUACAAGGUUGUUGAUAGGGUGAGGAAUGGGGUGCUCUUGGUUUCGGAUUUUGGGAGGUUGGGUCGCAAUCAGGCAUCACUCAUUAAGGAUGUGAUCUUGCCAUAUUCACAUCGCAUUAAUACCUACAAGGGGGAUGUAGGGGUUGAGAAUCGCAGGUCGCUGCUGUUCUUUAUGGGGAAUCGAUAUAGAAAAGAGGGUGGGAAGAUUCGUGACUUGCUUUUCCAAGUUCUUGAGAAGGAGAAGGAUGUUACUAUAAAACAUGGUGCGCAGUCCAGAGAGAGUCGACGUGCUGCAACACAAGGAAUGCACACAUCAAAAUUCUGUUUACAUCCAGCUGGAGAUACUCCAUCAGCAUGUCGACUUUUUGAUGCUAUUGUCAGCUUGUGCAUUCCUGUUAUUGUAAGCGAUUACAUUGAGUUGCCAUUCGAAGAUGUUAUAAACUACAGAAAUAUUGCUGUUUUCGUGGAUACCGACACAGCUGUUAAGCCUGGGUACUUGGUUAAAUCCCUUAGACGGGUGAGCACAGACAGAAUUCUGGAAUUCCAAAAAGAAUUGAAAAAGGUAAAACGAUACUUUGAGUAUGAGGAUCCAAAUGGAACUGUGAAAGAAAUCUGGCGCCAAGUCUCUUCAAAAGUACCUCUUAUCAAGCUCAUGGCCAAUCGUGACAAAAGACUUGUGGUGCGGGAGUUGGCUGAACCAGAUUGCUCAUGUCUUUGCUCGAACCAGUCAGGGGUUCAUGCCAUACUAUGAUUUCAUCGAAUGCUAUGCUCCAACAGCAUUUUGGUGACUGUAAAUCUCAGAUUUUUUGCCACUAUUUUAUUGUAGAUUUUAUGGAAUUAUUCUUUUACCUAAUUCCUCUGGGGAAAUUGCCCAUUCAUCGAGUCUAGGAGAUGGCAUUGAUCAAGGUACAAGGGGAUUCAAGCAACUACAGGCCAAUGAAAACUAAUACAUGUACCUGCGGCGUUGAAGAGGACUAAGAGAGAGCACUUUGAGGAAUGGAAUUCGAGCUUUGAUUAAAUUUGCUGUUCAAUUUCAGUUCAAUUUACAGAAAUCAAAGGGAAAUUGAAACAAAGAACAAUUAGAAGGAUAGAGAGAGGGAAUUCAUGGCUUCCAGUGGAGAAUAAACUGUAUUCAGGUUGUCUUCUCUACCGAUUCAACUAAAGUCGUGUCACAGACCAGAAGUUGCUAGAUACAGUUAUUUUGUACAUCUAUACUAUAGUCGCAGGAAGGAUUUUGCUGAUAAAGGUUUGUUUGGGAGAAUUUUUUUAAA